UAUACUUCACCCUUUUGUCCUCCUUUUUUAAUCGAAAAAACCUCUUCUCUCCCUGUUCUACUCUAUCCUCUCUUUUUUUUUGUGUUGCAGAGUAAUAAUCAGUGCUUGGAUCCAGGUACAAUUUUUGUCUGUGCCUUGUUUGGUCAUUCCCGUCUGGUCUCCAUCUUCAUCUCCUUGUCUGGGUCCAAUCGCUCGCUUUCAUCCAAUCCAUACCUUACCCAUCACUAAACUUAUUACGCGCGCCUCCGCCCCCUUCGCCCUUCGGUUGGCCCCUGUAUUUUCUUCGCUUCCCACUCUCCGUGUUACAUUUCCACUUUGCAACUACAAUUACCACUUCAACCACGACUCGGCCGCAGUCUUUAUUUGCAUCGCAUCCCGUCGAUAAUCGGCUGUGCUUGCGUAUUAAUUAGUCGACUCGUCCUUAUCUGCUCCGAUUCGAUUCUUGGUUAUGCUAGAGGCUUGACGAUAGCAUCUAUUACGACAUUUCUUGAUCUCUCCGAUCCACAAAGCUAACAAUUCUAUCCCCGCGAAAUCGAAAACCGGCGCAUACCUCAACACCAAACAUGUCUUCCCGUCCGCACAACGAGGAGCCUCUCCCGCUCCUCUCCGCUGAGGAGAGAGACCGCGAUAUGAAGGGCGAGCUUGAUGUCGAGGGCGAUGCUGGUCGCGCUGAGCCUCCCAAGAACAACAACCUCGAGCACGAGUACUCUAUCCCCAGUACCGUCAAGUUCGCAUGGCUUGGAACCUACUUCUUCUUCUCCCUGCUCUUGACUCUCUACAACAAGCUGGUCCUCGGAAUGUUCCACUUCCCAUGGCUCCUGACUUUCCUCCACGCCUCUUUCGCCAGUAUGGGAACCUAUGCCAUGAUGCAGAUGGGCUACUUCAAACUCUCUCGACUGGGACGUCGUGAGAACCUCGCGCUCGUCGCUUUCAGCGCUCUCUUCACUGCCAACAUCGCUGUUUCCAACCUGUCUCUGGCCAUGGUCUCCGUUCCCUUCUACCAAACCAUGCGCAUGCUGUGCCCGAUCUUCACCAUUCUCAUCUACCGUGUCUACUACGGCCGUACCUACAGCUACAUGACCUACCUUUCUCUCCUUCCCCUCAUCAUCGGUGCUGCCAUGACUACUCUCGGUGAGAUGAGCUUCACUGACGCCGGUUUCCUUCUCACCAUUCUCGGAGUCAUUCUCGCCGCUCUCAAGACUGUUGUUACCAACCGAUUCAUGACUGGCUCUCUGUCUCUUCCUCCCAUUGAGUUCCUCCUCCGCAUGUCUCCUCUUGCCGCCCUCCAGGCUCUGGCUUGCGCCACUGCCACCGGUGAAGUCAGCGGCUUCCACCAGCUUAUCACCUCCGGAAAGGUUCCCCUCCCUCCCGCUUUCGCCUCGCUCUUCGGUAACGGUUUCCUCGCCCUGCUUCUCAACAUCUCGUCGUUCAACACCAACAAGCUUGCCGGUGCCUUGACCAUGACUGUCUGUGGUAACCUCAAGCAGUGCUUGACCGUCGCCCUCGGUAUCUUCCUCUUCGAUGUGACCGUCGACCUGCUUAACGGAGCUGGUAUGGCCGUCACUAUGCUUGGAGCUGCUAUCUACAGCAAGGCCGAGCUCGACAACAAGAAUCGAAAGAGCCAACAAGCUGCUGCGGCCUACAAGCCUGUUGACCAGCAGUCCCGGUAAAACGGGCGCUAUGUUGAGAAUCUUACGUUCUCGUUUUUUAUACAUGAACUUUCUAUAGACGACCGGGCGAGUUGAGAUAGGCAAAGGCGAACUUUUUAUUUACUUGGCGUCUUGCUUUGCUUCUUGGGGUAGCGUGGACCGAUAGUAAAGCUCUACUGUACUGGGUAUUCAGACGCUCCACGGUCUUACUCAACGAAGUAAGGAAGGGGGAGGAUUGGAGAACAAGGGAUGUUAUUACUAUCAUGAUCAUGGGCUAUGGGGUUUUCGAAAAUAUGCAGGCCCAGGUUUGCUGCGGCCUUUUCUAUACAACGUUUGUUGUUUCAAUUUUCUUGAAUAGGGUUUGCAUUUCCAGAGUAAGAAUAGAUGCUCUACGUU